GAGGCGGCCGGAUCCCUGCGCCGCGGCCCGUGUUUCCGGGGGACCCUGCGCCGGGUGCGCGCGCGCGCGCUUGGGGAGGCCGCAGGGAGCAGCAGCCGCUGGGCCAUGGCCGCGCGCUGGGCGACCCGCAACCUGCGGAGCCGCCGCGCCCGGUUUAUUUCAACAGCUCCUGCUUCUCGACUGUCAACACCUGAGAUUGUUCAGAUGCGCAAUAAACUCUUCACUAAGGAGAAAGAGAGACAGUUGUCUUUGUAUCCGCGAAUUGAGAAGAUUGAAGUAAAAUAUGUUGGCAAAUCUCAUCCUGGCACUUUAUUUGUUAUGAACAAAGCUUUGUCUACUCCAUACAAUUGUGCCAUGCACUUAAGUGAAUGGCAUUGUAAGAAAUCAGUAUUGGCCCUUGUGGAUGGAGAGCUUUGGGACAUGUAUCGGCCUUUGACCAAAUCAUGUGAAAUUCAGUUUCUUACCUUCAAAGACGAAAAUCCAGAGGAAGUGAACAAGGCCUAUUGGCGUUCCUGUGCAAUGAUCAUGGCAUGUGUGUUAAAGCAGGCUUUCAAAGAUGAAUACGCAGUCACCCUGAUCAAAGCUCCAGAAGUGCCAGUGAUCUCUGGAGCUUUCUGUUAUGAUAUUGUUUUGGACAGUAGGCUUGAUGGAUGGAAACCAACAGAAGACAAUUUCUGUUCUCUUACAAAAGAAGCAUACAAUCUAAUUCACAAAGAUCUGCCGUUUGAAACAUUGCACGUUGAAGCAAAAGUGGCAUUAGAAAUGUUUCAGCAUAACAGGUACAAAAUGGAUUCAAUAGAACAGAAAGCAUCGCAAAAUCCUGAAGGAAUAGUGAAGUUACAUAGGUUUGGUGACUUUGUAGAUAUUAGUGAAGGCCCUCACAUUCCAAGGACAAGUUUUUGCUUCCAGUAUGAAGUGACGGCAGCCCAUAGUCUCCAAACCAGCCAGUCUGAGUCUAUACGAAGGUUUCAGGGUGUGUCUCUGCCAAUUCACUUAAAGGCUCAUCACACAGUAUGGCGAAGAUUGCGGGAAAGGGCUCAGAGACUGAUUAUUGAAGAUGGCAGUCUGGAAGCAAAAGAUGGAAGUCUGGAAGCAAAAAGUGUAUCAACAUAAUUCUUAAUUUUCAUGUGUAAAUUAAUAAAAUAAAAAUGUUUUGGACA